AUGGCACGCAAGAACAAGAACAACAAUAGCAAGAAAAGUGGCAAGAGUGGAAAGAGCGGCAAAAAUAGGAGUUCGCAAAAGAUUAUCGAUGCAUACCAGAUUGCAGAGAGACAGGAACGCCGAAAUCAAGGAGGCGAUGAUAUAGAGGAAGAUGAAGGAAAUUUUGCCAACAGUCUUGCCUUUGAGGAAGGUAUUUUAGAUGCGCGAUCUUUGUUGAAAGAUGGUCAAGCUGACGAGGACUUGUUGGACGAAGAGAUUGACUCUGAUGAAGCAUUGGGUAGUGACGAUGACUACGAUGUUUUGGAUAGUAAAAUGUCACAAAGUAUUCGAGAUAAAGCCAAACGUAAGAGAUUAGGACAAUAUUCCGAUAGCGAAGACGAAGAGGACGACGAUGAUGAUGAUGAUGAAGGAUAUGCUAGUAUUGACGAGAGCCAGUUGGUUACAUUGUCUGAAGCGUGGGACAUGGACGACCGCGACCUUGCACUGGUACAGGGUAAAGGCCACAAAGAUAUAGUUUUGAAUGAUGACUGGGAAUCGGAGAGCUCAUCGAGCGAAGAAAGCUCAGAAGACGAAGGAGAAGAUGGGGUAGAAGAAGAUUGGGGCGAAACCUCAAAGGAUUUUGAUGCCGAAGGUGACGAUGACGACAAUGAUGAAAACUCUGAAGAAGAGAGCGAUGAUGAUGAUGAUGAUGAUGAUGAGGAAGAAGAAGAAGAAGAAGGAGACGAUUCCGACGAAGAAAAUGUAUUUUCCCACGACUCCGCUGAUGAUGAAGGUCUUGAUUUGGCUAAAACUACCAAGAGAUUACAGAAGGAGCUUGAAGCAGCAAAGCCAAAGGAGCGUAAAAGAUUUAUUGUUGAAAAACGCGAUGAAAAUGAAUUCAACGUACCGAGUGGUGGUCAGUCAUUAUCCAUUGCCGAGAUGAUGCAAGGUAUUCAAAAUGCAGAAAAUGAAGCUAUCUUGAUUGAUGCAGAUGCAAAAGCUGUCGCCACACCUCUACCAAAGCGUAUUCAGCAAAGAAAUGAUCGUGGUGCAGCGUACAAUUUGUCGAAGAAGGAAGUCAGCAAAUGGAGUGAUACAGUGCAGCAAAAUAGACAAGCCGAGUUGUUGAAGUUUCCAAUGCAGCAACCAGACACAUUUAACGAUAGUGCAAAUGCAUUUAGAAGCAACCCGAACAAAGAAAAAACGGAGACUGAGUUGGAAAAAAAUGUCAAUGAUAUUCUUGCCAAAUCGUCGUUGAUUGAUGACAAAAAGGAAGCAACAUUUGAGGAAAUUGCAGUGGCCAAAAUGUCUGCAGAAGAGCUUCGCGAGAGGACAAACCAAUUGAGAUUAAUGAGGGAGUUGAUGUUUAGAGAUGAGAGAAGGGCCAAACGAUUGAAAAAGAUCAAAUCUAAGCAAUACCACAAGAUUAAGAAGAAGGAAAGAUUGAGGAAUCAAGAACUUGUUGACGAGGCUGAAGAUGUUAGUGAUGACGAAGAUGCCGAGGACAAGGAUAUGAAACGAGCCGAAGAAAGAAUGAGUUUAAGACAUAAGACACAACUGAAGUGGGCACAGUCGAUGAUCAAAAGCGGGUUAUCUAAAGAUGCUUCUAAUCGUGAGGAGUUGGAGGAGAUGUUGAGACAAGGCGAAAGAUUGCGAGAAAAACAAUUGGGGUUGAGGAAUGGCGAAGAUGAUGUUUACGACGAUGAAGGAGUUAGCGACAUUGAAAGGGAUUAUGAACACGACGAUGCAGAUGGUGAUGAAGAUGAAAGACGAAGUAAACUUGGUAAAGGUGUUAUGGCAAUGGAAUUCAUGAAGAAUGCCGAGCAAAGAAGAAAAGAGGAGAAUUUGAAAACAAUAGAGCAAUUGAGAAGGUUGCAAAAUGGAGAAGAUGAUGGACUUGAUUUGUUUCAAGAUGAGAACGAUAAUGGUUCAGUUAACAUCACCAAAAACCAAGGAAGAAGAGUCUAUAAUCCUGUUGCCAUUGAUGAUAGUAACAUAAAUGAGGAAGUAUUGAAGGAGGUUGAGGACGAAAAAGUUACCGGUUUAGCCAAGAAGGUUAACAAAGCCAAUCAGGUAAAAAUUGUUGAGCCAACUUCUGCAUCCAACGACGAGUCAAAAUCAAAAGCAGAAAAAAAUGCACAAGCAGUCGACGACGAAGCCAAUCCUUGGCUUUCUAUUGGAUCUGAGUCCGGCGCAACAAAUCACGAACCUCAACAAAAGUCAAGCAAGGUUACCGUUGUUGAUGAAAACUCAUCCAAAUUUGCAAAGGCUGCUAUGAAGAUUGCCAAAAAACUGAGAAAACAAAGGAGAGGCGAAGGCGAAGAUUUGAUUGAUAUUAACGAAACACUUGCUGUGAAGGAUAUCCAUAACGAUGGAUCUGAUGUCUCUGAUUCGGAAGCAACUGGGGAAUCUUCAACUGCGCCAAAGAUGUUCAAGCAAAAGGAUCUCAUCAAAGAAGCUUUUGUUGGAGACGAUGUUGUUGCCGAAUUUGAAAAUGAAAAGAAGAGAAUGAUUGAAGACGAAGACGAUAAGGAGGAGGAUAUAACAUUGCCCGGUUGGGGUGACUGGGUAGGCGGUAAGUCGAAACCUAAUGCUAAUAAAAAACGCAAGUUUAUACGUAAAAUUGACGGAGUUGUGCAAAAAGACAAAAGAAAGGAUAAAAACUUGAAAAAUGUGAUUAUCAAUGAAAAAUUGAACAAGAAGAAUCUCAAAUAUCAAGCUAGGGAUGUGCCAUAUCCGUUUGAAACAAGAGAGCAAUACGAACGUUCGCUUCAGAUGCCGGUGGGACAAGAAUGGACAAGUAGAGCUACACACCAGAGAUUGACCAUGCCAAGAGUUGUCACCAAGCAAGGUAUGGUGAUUGACCCAUUGAAAGCGCCAUUCAAGUAG